AUGAUGCAAGACCCGAUUGGAAUUCCUACUUGUUUUUCAUAUGGUGAUAGAUUCACGGAUGACCCCGCUGCGGUAACGAGGUCAGGUCAGAGUGUUUUCAUGUCUAUAUACCAAACAAAAGUCGCAGGUCAGUGUCGUCUGAUAACCAUUACAUGGUGUAAGAAUAUGUUGCUUCACGGUCUGUCGAUCUCUGCGGAUGGGCAAGACGGCGAAAAUCAUUACAGCUGCAAAGUUGAGGUAAAACCGUGGUAUUUCUGGAGGAAACAAGGGUCUAAAGGAUUUCAAGUAGACGGUGAAGCAGUAGAUAUAUUUUGGGACCUUAAAACAGCAAAGUUCAAUGGGGAAACUGAACCACAGUCAGAUUUUUAUGUUGCCAUUGCUUGUCAAGAUGAAGUUGUGUUGCUUCUAGGUGAUCAAAAGAAAGAUGCAUACAGAAAAACCGGUUGCCGGCCGGCACUUAUCGAACCGAUAUUAGUUUCGAGGAAAGAGCACAUAUUUGGUAAGAAAAAAUUCACAACGAGAGCUAAAUUUCUUGACAAAGGCAAGUCUCACGAAAUCUCUGUUGAGUGCAAUAACAACAGUUGCAGUAGCAAUUUUGGUGGGUUUGAUCCAGAAAUGGAGAUAAGAAUAGAUGGGAAUCUAGCUCUUCAUGUUAAACAUCUUCAUUGGAAAUUUAGAGGUAAUGAAUCAAUCUUUGUUAGUAAAGUAAGAGUAGAAAUAUAUUGGGAUGUUCAUGACUGGUUAUUCAGUCCUGGUUUAAGACAUGCAUUAUUUGUAUUCAAACCAAUUUCAUCAUUGUCAAUGUCUCAGUCAUCGAUAUUAUCUAGUUCAACAUCCUCAUCAUCUUCAACACCAUCAGUAUCAUCAAUGACAUCAACGCCAUUGUCUUCAUAUCAUCAAACAGAAGGUUAUAAUGGUAAUGGGUCAUCGCUCGGGUACACCUUAUUUCUAUAUGCUUGGAAAAUUGAAUGA